AUGCUGGGGACUGUGGAUGCAACCAAAAGACCUCUUAAGAUCCCUCCGAAAUUUGUGCCUUACAUGGAAAAACAUCGGAUUUAUGAAUUGUUUUAUGAGAUUGCGAGGCAAUUGAUAAUUAAAAAGCCAUCGGAUCACAUUCUUUAUGUGAAGCAAUGUUUGCGACAUGCUGCUAGGAGCAGAGAUGCACCGAGGAUCAUUCUCAUCUGUCCACCCGAUUUCGAUAAAAAAUUGUUGGCUGAGUAUCUCGAUCUGAAAUUGGGGAUAAAAGCGAUAGGUUUGGAUGAUGUGGAGGCGUUCAAUUCGAGUGAAGAGUUUGCUGCGAAUGUCAGGAAAAUCCUGAGGAAAUUGUAUUUUGAAGAGUCUGGUUGGCUGUUUAUUGACUUCCCAAGAACGAAAUCAGAAGCUCGUGCUCUGCAAUCCCUCGGGAUAAUUCCCACCCACGUAAUCGAAAUAAUCUGGACGGACUUUCUAUCGGAAUCCACCUCGCAGUCCACCCCCAGCCACUUCUACUCGACAACAUCCACCCAAAGUUCUCACGAUAAAAUUCCCCUCAAAACACCCAACGACUUGCAUAAUCUCCACGACCUGCGCGAGGCCUACUCCGCCGUUCUGAUCCAGGUUGAGACCGCUGGGAGAACGUACGAGGAACUCGGAAGAGCCUGUAUCACACUCGCGAGGAGAAGAAAGUACCCGACGCCUUGUUAUAAUUUCCGGGUAGUUCUGGUCGGGCCGAGAGGCUCAGGGCGUCGAUCCGUGGCGGAAUAUCUCGCGCGGAGGUACAAUCUUGUGUGCAUUGAUUUUGAUUAUCUAGUGGCACAGGCGAGAAUGCAGAAUAAUAAGGUUGGCGAGUCGUUGAGGUGUCUCGGUCGCUGGGGAAUUAGAGUUGAUUCUGGUGUUAAAAUUAGAAUUGUUGAGAGAAAACUGAUGAGCGCCGAGUGUUUGAAGAAGGGGUGGGUAUUGUUCGGAUAUCCAAUUACUGUUGAGGACUUUAAACUCCUCGACUUACUAGCUACACCUCCAAACAGAAUAAUCUGCAUUGAUGUCGACGAAGCGACAUGCAGGGAGCGGUUGUUCUCGAGGAGAUUUAAUGUUAUUACUGGGAGUGAACAUAACUCUGGUCGGAGUGACGAGGAACAGAGUGAUCCGAAUCUUGCUGUCCAUUUCAAGGAUUAUGAAAUUGUUGUUAAUCAGAAUCUCAAAGAAUACUUCGCAAAUCUCGAAUCACUGCUUCGGUAUGCAGGUGAAUCUGCGAUCACGGUGGAUGGUACGGUCAGUGAGAGAAAUGUUAAAGAAAAGGUAGAAUCGUGUUUGAGCCGAGCUCCAUCUGCUCCUCCUCGUAUUCGAAAACCGAAGGAGGAAAUAAAACCAGAGGAUGUAGAAUUCGAUCCCGAUGAUCCAACGGAUUUCAAGAUUUAUGACGAGCUGCGGAGACCGGAGUCCAUUCUCUCUCUAGUCUAG